AUGCUGAACAAAGUGCAUCACGUAACCUAUGUCGUGGAAAACGUGGACGAUAUGGCCGCCUACAUCGAACGCAAUUUCUCCCUCACACCCAUCCGCAGCGACGAGUUCACCGAACGCGGCUUCAAGUCCAUCCUCUACCAGAUCGGCGACACCCUGGUCGACUUCUUCCAGCCCCUGCGCGACGACACGCCCACGGCCCGCCAGCUCCGCGAGACCGGCCCUGGCGUCAUGCACGUGGCCUGGGGCGUGGACGGCAUCGGCCAGUUGUUCAACGACCUGCAGGCCAACGGUAACGACAUGCGCGGCGACGGCCCGUCCGCCAGCCCCUUCGGCUACCUGACCGCCAGCAUCGAGCCGGCCAGCUCCCACGGCAUCUACUUCCAGCUGGCCGAGGGGGAACACAGCUAA